AUGUCGGAAUUGCCGUAUUUAGCCAUCGUGGGGGGAGGAAUUGCGGGACCUGCGCUAGCCCUCAGUCUCAAAAAACACCACGGCAUUUCUUCUACCGUAUACGAACUUCACCCCAAUUACGACGUACGAGGAGUCAACAUCACUCUGGCACCCAACGCUGUCCGUGUCCUCCAGCAUGUGGGAGUCUACGACGUUGUCCGCACCCAGGGCUACAGCUACCGAGACCUUCAUAUGAGCAACGCCAGAUCUCAGACCCUUGGAACACUACUUCAGGGAAGCCCAAAGCACUAUAAUUGCCCUUGCCUAAGAGUACACCGAGCGGUCGUCCAGAAGGCGCUCUUGGACGAAUUGAAGGUACAAGGAAUUCCAGUAGUCUUUGGAAAGAAGCUGGUUAAACUACACGAAGAUAAAGAGUCGGUCGAGUUGGAAUUCGCUGAUGGAACCACUGCAAAGGCAUCCUUUGUCAUAGGAGCUGAUGGUGUGCAUUCAAGGGUUCGGGAUGCCAUCAUGGACACUGAAACAAGCUACAGUGGGUUCAUGGGCAUCAUCGGGAUGGGCGUCAAGCGCGAGACCCUUGACAAGUCGGCGGGCCAGACGCCAUUGCCAAGUUUCAUAUUCGGGGGCAGAGGUUUUGUUGCCGUCAUGCCGUCCGACUUCAAAGGGACCGUGGUGGAUUUCUUUUCGACUAUGCCCUUUCCUGCUCGGUCGAGGGAAGAAUGGAACGAGCUCGCAAGCGACAAGACAAAAGUGCAAGAAAUCCUUCAGCAGAGAUUCGGCACCGAGUGGCCCCAGUUUAUUUGCGACAUCACCAAGGACUAUGACAAAGAGGGCCUGAGCCUGCUGCCCUUUUUCGAAGUGCCACCUCUGGAGCGCUGGACGAGUCUCAAGCGACGGGUAAUCUUGAUCGGUGACUCUGCCCAUGCCUUUACACCUCAGGGCGGGCAAGGUGCUGCAAUGGGUCUUGAAGAUGCCGAGACACUCUCGCAUACCUUGGGACACCCAGAUUUUGCAUCGGACCAUAUCCGCCUGCUGGACGCCUGGGAAGGUCACCGGAUUGAGCGGCUGCAACUCGUCAAAGAUUUCACUGAUCUGAACGGACGGUUGCGAACGCCGGACACUGCCCUCGUCCAAUGGCUCAAGGAGUUGCUUAUCUGGGGUCGCUUCAAGUGGACAGGUCAAUUGGGAAACUUGCAAUGGCUCCACGGAUACAAUACUGAAGACAUUGUCCGCCUUUACUAG